ACCGUAGUUAUAUACAAUUAUACAAAGGAGCUCUCACAUGCUUAAUGCUUCAAGCAAGAAAAAUACACACACACACACACCUAGUCACCUAUAAAAUCAACAAUUGCAUAAGAAAUUCUCUUCACUAGCAACAAUUCACACCUCAUCUUCAAUGAAGAGCCUUCUCCUCCUUUUAGCUUCUCUUCUUAUAUGCAACACAACAAUUGCAGAUCAAAUUACUAAGCCUUAUGUCGUUUAUAUGGGAAACAACAUUAAUGGUGAAGAUGACCAAAUACCAGAAUCAGUUCAUAUUGAGUUACUAUCAUCAAUCAUUCCAAGUGAAGAAAGUGAGAGGAUAAAACUUAUUCACCAUUACAAUCAUGCUUUUAGUGGAUUUUCUGCAAUGCUUACACAGAGUGAAGCUUCUGCAUUGUCUGGCCACGAUGGUGUGGUGUCAGUGUUCCCAGAUCCAAUACUUGAAUUGCAUACAACGAGGUCUUGGGAUUUCUUAGAUUCAGAUUUGGGAAUGAAGCCUUCUACCAAUGUUCUCACUCACCAACAUUCAUCAAAUGAUAUAAUCAUUGCUCUCAUUGACACCGGGAUAUGGCCAGAGUCACCAAGUUUCACAGAUGAGGGUAUAGGGAAAAUUCCUUCAAGAUGGAAAGGAAUUUGCAUGGAGGGUCAUGAUUUCAAGAAAUCAAAUUGCAACAGGAAAUUGAUAGGUGCAAGAUACUAUAAUACACAAGAUACAUUUGGUAGCAACAAGACUCAUAUUGGAGGAGCCAAAGGUUCACCAAGAGAUACUGUUGGACAUGGAACUCACACUGCAUCAACAGCAGCUGGUGUCAAUGUUAAUAAUGCAAAUUAUUAUGGUUUAGCAAAAGGAACAGCAAGAGGUGGUUCACCUUCAACUAGGAUUGCCGCCUAUAAAACAUGUUCAGAAGAAGGUUGUUCAGGUUCCACCAUACUAAAGGCUAUGGAUGAUGCUAUCAAGGAUGGAGUAGAUAUAAUCUCAAUAUCUAUUGGACUUAGCUCACUGAUGCAAUCAGAUUAUUUGAAUGAUCCAAUAGCCAUUGGAGCAUUUCAUGCCGAACAAAGGGGGGUCACGGUUGUGUGUUCAGCUGGGAAUGAUGGUCCUGAUCCUAACACAGUUGUCAACACAGCACCAUGGAUAUUUACAGUUGCAGCUUCUAAUAUUGAUAGGAACUUUCAGUCAACUAUUGUCCUUGGAAAUGGAAAAAGUUUCCAAGGUGCUGGCAUUAACUUCUCAAACCUUACACGCUCAACGAUGCAUUCUCUUGUCUUUGGAGAGGAAGUUGCUGCUGAAUUCGCGCCAACAUCAGAAGCUAGGAACUGUUAUCCGGGAUCACUAGAUUAUAACAAAAUAGCAGGCAGAAUAGUUGUCUGUGUUGACGAUGAUCCGAAUAUUUCAAGGAAAAUCAAGAAGCUAGUGGUACAAGAUGCAAGGGCCAUGGGGAUGAUAUUCGUCAGUGAGAACAACAAAGAUGUUUCCUUUGAUGCGGGUGCAUUUCCCUUCACAGAGAUUGGAAAUCUUGAAGGGCAUCAGAUCUUUCAGUACAUAAACUCUACCAAGAAACCAACUGCAACAAUUCUUCCAACAAUAGAAAUUCCUAGAUAUAGGCCUGCACCAAUUGUGGCAUCAUUCUCAUCUAGAGGCCCUUCAAGCCUAACAGAAAACAUUCUCAAGCCUGAUGUCAUGGCUCCAGGAGUUGCCAUUUUGGCUGCCAUGAUUCCCAAUAGUGAUGAGCCAGGAAGUGUUCCAAUUGGGAAAAAGGCAUCCUUAUUUGGCAUAAAAUCUGGUACAUCUAUGGCUUGCCCACAUGUGACUGGAGCUGCAGCAUUCAUCAAAUCAAUACAUGGAAGAUGGACUCCUUCCAUGAUCAAAUCAGCAUUAAUGACAACAGCUACAACCUACAAUAACAUGAGGAAGCCAGUGACCAAUAGCUCAAAUUACUUUGCCAACCCACAUGAAAUGGGAGUUGGAGAAAUUAAUCCACUCAAAGCUCUCAACCCUGGAUUAGUCUUUGAAACAAAUCUAGAAGACUACGUCAGAUUCCUUUGUUAUUACGGCUAUUCAAAUAAAAUCAUAAGGUCCGUGUGUAAGAGCAAUGUCACUUGCCCAAGGACCUCUCCAGACCUUAUAUCAAACAUCAACUACCCAUCAAUCUCCAUAGGAACACUAAAAAGGAAUCAGAAUACAAAAGUGAUCACAAGAACAGUUACUAAUGUGGGAACAUUUAAUGCCACAUAUGUUGCAAAGGUGCAUGCACCUGAAGGAUUGGUUGUUAAGGUCAUACCCAAUAAACUUGUGUUUUCAGAGAGUGUUCAAAGAAUUACCUAUAAAGUCUCAUUCUCAGGAAACAAGGCUCGCGGUGGAUACAAUUUUGGGUCGCUAACAUGGCUUGAUGGUCGACAUUACGUUCGUACACUAUUUGCAGUCAAAGUUGAAUAA